GUUUCCGGAAGAAGCUGCUUCUUCCUUUCUCUCUGUAGGCCUGGGCGAGUUGGCAGGUCCGGGCGAGGGGCCUCCGCUGAAUCCGACAUCAUCCUCCGUCCGCCGCGGGAGCUCGAGGUCUCUCAGCCGCCGCCAUGACGGAGCAGAUGACCCUGCGUGGUACCCUAAAGGGCCACAACGGCUGGGUGACCCAGAUCGCCACCACCCCACAAUUUCCAGACAUGAUCCUCUCCGCCUCACGCGAUAAGACCAUCAUCAUGUGGAAGUUAACAAGAGACGAAACGAACUAUGGGAUUCCCCAGCGAGCCCUACGAGGCCACUCUCACUUUGUGAGUGAUGUGGUCAUCUCUUCAGAUGGGCAGUUUGCCCUCUCCGGCUCUUGGGAUGGCACCCUGCGCCUCUGGGAUCUUACUACAGGCACGACCACUCGUCGUUUUGUGGGCCAUACCAAGGACGUACUGAGUGUGGCCUUCUCUUCCGACAACCGCCAGAUCGUCUCAGGUUCCAGGGACAAAACCAUCAAACUCUGGAACACCUUAGGUGUCUGCAAGUACACUGUGCAAGACGAAAGCCACUCUGAGUGGGUGUCUUGUGUACGCUUCUCCCCCAACAGCAGCAACCCCAUCAUUGUUUCCUGUGGCUGGGACAAGUUGGUUAAGGUCUGGAACUUGGCCAAUUGCAAGCUGAAGACUAACCACAUUGGGCACACUGGCUACCUGAACACAGUGACUGUCUCUCCUGAUGGGUCAUUGUGUGCUUCCGGUGGAAAGGAUGGGCAGGCAAUGCUGUGGGACUUGAAUGAAGGCAAGCACCUUUACACAUUGGAUGGUGGGGACAUCAUCAAUGCCUUAUGCUUCAGCCCAAACCGCUACUGGCUGUGUGCUGCCACUGGUCCCAGCAUCAAGAUAUGGGAUCUGGAAGGUAAAAUCAUUGUGGAUGAGCUCAAACAGGAAGUGAUCACCACCAGCAGCAAGGCAGAACCCCCUCAGUGCACCUCAUUGGCCUGGUCCGCUGAUGGGCAGACUCUAUUUGCUGGCUACACAGAUAACCUGGUUCGUGUCUGGCAGGUCACUAUUGGGACCAGAUGAGAGCAUGCAGUUGUUGACCCACAAGGCAUAAACUAUGUACAAAUCAUUCAAUUAAAAACAAACAAGGA